AUGCCAUCUACUAUAACAGUAAUAUGCUUUAUUACUGAUAGACAAGAAAACACUACAAGCAAGGCCCUUACUGUUGUCAAAGCGACUAGAGUGAUACAUCUUAAAAACAAUGCAUCUCUCUUGAAUGUUCUUUUGGUCAGGUUUUAUCCUCAAAACGAUGAUACCCAAGAUCCAACCCUACUACCUUUUUCAACUGAGGAUGUACUUCUAGCAACUGGAAAAUUUCGAUUCGUCAAAGAAGUUGAUAAUGAUGAAAAGAAAUUUCCUAUCUUAAAGGCAUGUUUGUUAUUAAUCAUUUUAUAUAAUAUCGUUCCUCUUGUGAUCGAUCCUAGUGACUUGCCCGAAUCUCCUUUAUUGAUCAGUAUAACUGCUACUGUAAUCGAACCUCCCCAAAAUGAUCCUCACAAUGAAGACAUCUCAUUAUCUAUAGAAACCAAAGAUUUUAUGGACCAGGGCAACAUUACACUUAAAUUAGAAUUAUCAACACUCUUUAUGAAUGGUGACCUUAUGAUUGUUGAUGAUGCUUAUGUUGUUCAGCUUCAUAAUAUAAACUUCUAUGUAUCAAAUGAAUCUCCAGAAAUAAAUAAUUCAGAUGAAUCUUCGACAAAUAAAACUCCACCAAUUGAAUUGGGCACUGAAAAAGUUGCACGUAUGGUUGCUUCAAGGGUUAAAGAUGGUAGGCAAAAAAGAUCAACUGAAACUAAACCAUACCUCAAGCUAAACGAACGACCAAAAGUGACCAAUCUUGCUAAGAAAAUGUUAAACCAAAACCCAGAUAUUGAUACUUCUGAAUCAUCCGUAUCUCAAAAUGUAUAA